UUCCAGCAGUGUUUCCUGUCGUGUCUUAAUUUUAUUCAAAAGUUUGGCGGUUGUCAGUGAGUGUGGUGUUAGUGUUCAGUGAAAAGAAGACACUAUUGGAUUAACACAUUGAAAAAAAUAUAUCGUAUUGAGUUCGAAACUGAUUUUACUGACCAAAUAUCACAAACAACUUUUCAAAAAUGAAUUAUAGUACAGCAAUCAACAGCAUCGCCAUCGGAUUGUCCAUAAAAAUCAGUCGCAGUAACGGGAGGGUGCACAGUGCUAAUGUAACAGGGGUCAACCAUCAGAAAGGCAUAGUAAUGGUUGAAUGGGUAGAAAAUGCAGCUACCAAAGGAAAAGAGGUUGACUUUGGAGAGCUAAUUCGUUUGAACACAGAUCUGUUUGAAUUUAUGAAUUCUGUCAAAGUACUACCAUUGAAGGAACAUGUUGACAUUCAGAAAAAUAAUAGCAGACAAACGAUUUCAAGAAUCCCAGCUCCACCAGCAUCGCGAAAUGAUUCACAUCGAACUGCUGAACCAGAAUCGGUCUCUCGGUCCUAUUCACUGAGGAGAAGUGUUCAGACAAAGCCAACAGCUCUUCAGCAAGUCCAUGUAACAGAAGAGGAGUCUUUACCCCCUGCUCUAGCCAAGGUUUCUUUUCCUAGCGGUUCAGCCAGGCGGAAGUCCACUGUUGUUCAACAGAUGGAAAAAAUGAAAAGCAAGCGAGAAACAAAUAAAGCCAAAAACACUGAAAUGCGGGCCAAGCGUGCAAAGGAGUGUGAUGUAAAGUGGGAAUUCCAGAAGAUGAUUGAAGAUUUCCGAGACUCAUUGGAGUACACCCCUCUCUCAUUCUCUGACCCAAGCGAAGAUCACAGAAUAUGUGUAUGUGUCCGAAAAAGACCUCUUAAUAAAAAAGAGAUUACAAAGAAAGAAAUUGAUGUAAUAACCAUCCCUGAAAAAGGCCUGCUUCUGGUGCAUGAGCCCAAGCAGAAAGUUGAUCUCACAAAGUACUUAGAUAAUCAGACGUUUAGAUUCGACUACUCUUUUGAUGAUUCAGCAACAAAUGAAAUGGUUUACAGGUUUACAGCCAGACCACUGGUACAAAAAAUAUUUGAGGGCAGCAUGGCAACUUGUUUUGCCUAUGGUCAAACUGGAAGUGGGAAAACUCAUACAAUGGGUGGUGACUUCUGUGGCAAAAGCCAAAACUCUUCAAAAGGGAUCUAUGCAUUUGCAGCACGUGAUGUCUUUAUGUUCCUGAGUCAGCCCACAUAUUCCAUCCUUGGCCUAGAACCAUACGUUUCAUUUUUUGAGAUCUACAAUGGAAAGGUGUUUGAUUUGUUAAACAAGAAGGCAAAACUCCGUGUUCUAGAGGAUAGCAAGCAGCAAGUCCAGGUUGUGGGGCUGCAAGAGAGGCAGGUCGCAUCAGCUGAUGAUGUCAUCAAAGUCAUUGAUAUUGGCAGUGCAUGCAGAACGUCAGGACAGACCUUUGCGAACUCCAGCUCUUCUCGCUCUCACGCCAUCUUGCAGAUUGUUCUGAGGAGGAGGGGAAAGCUGCACGGCAAGUUCUCAUUGGUGGAUCUGGCAGGGAAUGAGCGAGGAGCUGACGUCUGCAGCUCUGACCGACAGACUUUAGUGGAAGGGGCAGAGAUCAACAGGAGCCUCCUAGCAUUAAAGGAGUGUAUUCGAGCUCUGGGGCACAACCAAACUCACACCCCAUUCAGGAUGAGUAAACUGACCCAGGUCUUGAGGGAUUCCUUUAUAGGAGAGAACUCUAGGACAUGCAUGAUCGCUAUGAUUUCUCCUGGCAUUAACUCUUGUGAAUACACACUGAACACCCUCCGAUACGCAGACAGAGUAAAGGAACUGAAUGAAACAUCCAGUGGUAGCAAUUCUGAUAGCUCUGAUAAGGAAGAUAUGGAAGUUGGUGAAGAAUCCCCUGCUGUGCAUCAUGAUACUGUUUUGUCAAACCAGAUGACCAGUUUCUAUGAUGCCAUGUCUUGUGUCUCUGAAUUGGAAGAGAAAGUUGUGGAAGAAUUCCAUGAAAUGAUACAGCGAGGAAUGCAGGUCUUAAAGAUGGUUGAGCAGCCAAGCUUUGACUUGCAGUCUGUCGUAACACGAGUUAAAGAGGUUCUGAUGGAGGCGGGGGCACUACAAGAGAAUGUGAAGUCUUUAGAAUCUGCAAUGGUAGCUGAAGAGAAGGCAAGUUCACAUCUGAAAAACAGAUGCCGCUAAUUGCCUGAAGAGGGCAGUGUUGGCUUUGUACUAUACUUCCAGUUUAAAUAAUGUUUUAAUAUUCCACUGUAUGUGUGUUAAUUUAGAAAUGUGAGGUUUCAAAUACACCUUUUUUUAUGUUUCCAGAACAUGAAUAUUAGUGUUGAUGUUUUAGAAUCAUUUGGUGUUCUCUUAAUGGAAUGGUGCUGGCAAUUGAACAAACCUGAAACCAUAUGCUAUUUUUCAAUCUAUGUAAAUACCACCCUUGUCAUACAUGACUUUAUUUGUUUUAUAGUAUAUUUUAAUAAUAAAAAAAAUAGUUGACAAGUAUUCUGACACCUGUGUUAUUGUACAUUUAUGUGUUUGUCUUUACCCAAAUAAAUGAGUGUCAGGUUUUUAUAAAAAUUUAAAUUGAUAGAAAAGAGUGCCAUUUGUAAUUAUUACCAAAAUAUUGCUGGUGACAUAGCUCUAUCGGUUUUGCUUGGAUUCUACAGUAGGGUAAAAUUUCAAGGGUUGAAACCAAACAGUUAGAUCCGUAGUAGAGAUGUAUACAAUGUUUAAAAUAAGAUUUGUAUUUAGACAAUUUGGAGACUUCAUUGUGUUUGUACAGUUAGUUUUUUUCAUUUCUCCCUUGGAUGAGACACCCAAUAUUAAAACAGGCUUUAAAAAUCCUUCAACAUGGUUUAUGAUGAUGCAUAAAUAAGAGUGUGUAAUUGCCUGUUUUUUUUUGUAUGUUAUCAAACUGUGAAGGGGUGUUAUAAAAAUGGUUCCAUUUUGACAGCGAUGAGAACUAACCUAGUGUUGUGAAUGGUGGGAGUUCUGUGGUUCAUCCUUUUUUUUUAAACACGAACAUGGGGAGACCAGUUGUAUAUUUUGUAAUAAAGUACAUUUGCAAGA